GGCGUGGCUAUUGGAGGCUACGGUGGCGUCAUUGGCAUCGGCCUCGGCGGAGGUAGAUCUGAAGGGAUUCGGGGCGUCAGCAUCCACCCGGAGCUCCUCAAGCCCCUCUGCGUGGGGGUCGACCCCGAGGAGUGCCAAGUGCGGACCCAUGAGAAAGAGCAGAUCAAGAACCUCAACAACCAGUUCGCCUGCUUCAUCGACAAGGUCCGGCUGCUGGAACAGCAGAACAAAGUGCUGACCACCAAGUGGGAGCUGCUGCAGCAGUAUGUCCUCCCAGCUUCCAGGAGAAACCUGGAGCCUGUUUUCGAGAACUUCAUCUGCAACCUGAGGAAGCAGCUGGAGUGUGUGCUGGGGGAGCGAGAGAGGCUGGAAAAUGAGGAGCGGUGCCUCAGGGACCUGGUUCAAGAGUACAAGUGCAAGUAUGAAGAUGAGAUCAACAAGCGCACGGCUGCGGAGAACGAGUUUGUGGUCCUCAAGAAGGAUGUGGACUGUCUCUACCUGACCAAGGAGGAGCUGGAGGUGAGAGUGGGCCUCCUGCGGCAGCAGCUGGAGUUCCUGAAGUGCAUCUACGCCGAGGAGAGAGCUCAGCUGGAUUGCCAGCUGUGUGACACCUCUGUCAUCGUGCAAAUGGACAACAGCCGGGACCUGGACAUGGAGGGCAUCAUCAAAAGUGUUGAGUGCUGCUACGAGGAGAUUGCCCAGAAGAGCAAGGCUGAAGUGGAGGCUUUCUACCAAACCAGACUGGAGGAGCUCCACAGCAGCAGGGGCAAGUUCUGCGAUGACCUGAGAAACAACCAGAGCGAGAUAGCCGAGCUGAACCGGAUGAUCCAGAAGCUGCAGUGCGAGUCGGAUAAUGUGAAGAAACAGAUCGCAGCUCUACAGACGGCCAUCUGCGACGCUGAGCAGCGGGGCGACUGCGCCCUCAAAGAUGCCCGGCAGAAGCUGAUUGACCUGCAGACUGCACUGCAGCAAGCCAAGGACAAGAUGGCAUGCUUGCUGAGAGACUACCAGGUACUGCUGAACGUCAAGCUGGCCCUGGACAUUGAGAUUGCCACUUACAGGACGCUGCUGGAAGGAGAAGAGAGCAGGUAG